UCUUGAAUCAAAAUAAUUUAAAGUUCUUAUUUAUGUCAGAGGGCAAUAUGAAUGUUUUAUCAUGUUCCAUCAAUACACUAAUAAAAGAAGGGUUAUAUGAGAUAUCUGGUGUAGAAGUAGGCCAACAUUUCUAUGGCAAAUAGGGGGGUUCCAAGUCCAUGCGCAAGUCCUUAUUACUUCUUGGGUUGUAAUUGCUAUCUUAUUAGGUUCCGCAGCUCUAGCGGUUCGCAAUCCACAAACCAUUCCAACUGGCGGCCAAAACUUCUUUGAAUUUGUCCUUGAAUUCAUUCGAGAUGUGAGUCAAACCCAGAUUGAGAAGAAUACGGUCCAUGGGUUCCCUUAUUGGAACCCUGUUUUUAUUUAUUUUGUUUCUAACUGGUCAGGAGCCCUUUUACCGUGGAAAAUUAUCCAGUUACCUCAAGGGGAGUUAGCAGCACCAACGAAUGAUAUAAAUACGACGGUUGCUUUAGCUUUACUCACAUCAGUAGCAUAUUUUUAUGCGGGUCUUAGCAAAAAAGGAUUAGGGUAUUUCAGUAAAUACAUUCAACCAACUCCAAUUCUUUUACCCAUUAACAUCUUAGAAGAUUUUACAAACCCCUAUCACUGAGUUUUCGACUUUUCGGAAAUAUAUUAGCCGAUGAAUUAGUAGUUGUUGUUCUUGUUUCUUUAGUACCUUUAGUGGUUCCUAUACCUGUCAUGUUCCUUGGAUUAUUUACAAGCGGGAUUCAAGCUCUCAUUUUUGCCACUUUAGCUGCGGCUUAUAUAGGUGAAUCCAUGGAGGGUCAUCAUUAACUAUUUUUUUUUUUCAAAUUUAGGUUAGCCCAAUUAUCGAAUAGUUGGUUUACGUUAUGUAAGAAACACUUGUAUAUGUCAUAUUUGAUAUUGACUAGGUAUAUAUAAGUUAAAGAUCUAUAUAAUCUGCCCCACUAUUUUUGUGAAUUUCUAUUUAGAUAACGAUUCGAUUAUAAGUUCUUACUUUUUAUCUGUGAAUUGGCUGAAAAAAACGAUCAAAAAAAGAACGAAGAAUUAAAAGAAAAGAAUGGUUCACAAAAAAGAAACGGCAUAAAAAAGUCGUAUAUAUAUAUAUUAUGCAUUUUUCAAAAUCCCGUGGAUAGGAACUAAUAUCAAAGUAAUUCUUAUCAAGUUUUUGGUUAUUUGGCUGGAUGAAUCUUAGCGAUGACUUAAUUAUAAUUAAGUCCUAAGUCGUUGGAUGAUUGUAUCAUUAACUAUUUCUUUAUUUUGGUGUGAGGAACUUAUCAUGAAUCCACUGGUUUCUGCUGCUUCGGUUAUUGCUGCUGGGUUGGCUGUUGGGCUUGCUUCUAUUGGACCUGGGGUUGGUCAAGGUACAGCUGCGGGUCAAGCUGUCGAAGGUAUCGCGAGACAACCUGAGGCAGAAGGAAAAAUACGAGGUACUUUAUUGCUUAGUUUGGCUUUUAUGGAAGCUUUAACAAUUUAUGGCCUAGUUGUAGCAUUAGCGCUUUUAUUUGCGAAUCCUUUUGUUUAAUCCUAGAAAUAAAAAAUUAGGAAUUUUUUUUUCGUAGUUUUUUUAUUCUAUCAAGAUUUCACUCCUACAAUAUUCAUUGAGACAACAACCCUUGGGAAGGACUAAUUUGAGGAUGGGGAAUUAACACAUCGAUUCGCUUUCUUCCUUCCCCUUAUUCUUUUUAGUUUAAUGGAAAUUUUUUUUUAAGGAGUGUUGCGCAAAAAGGAGGUUUAGGUUUUUUAAAUUGAUAUAAAACUUGGUCUCAAAUUCUAGCUUAAUUUUAAUUAAGUCUCAUUAUUAUUAUUGAAAAUUAAAAAUUUUUGGAAAAUAAAUUUGUAAAUAGAAUAGGUUUUUGAUUCUGUUUAUAAAUAUCCAAAUAGGUAAAUUAAAUUAUAAAUUAUUAAACGAAAUUUUCUUUUUAUUCAAAAAAACAAAGAAUAAAAAAAAAAAAGGACAGAGUUCUUUUUUUUAUAGUUUAGCUAGAAGAGGAGAUUAUAUGAAAAUUUAACCGAUUCUUUCGUUUACUUGGGUCACUGGCCAUCCGCCGGGAGUUUCGGGUUUAAUACCGAUAUUUUAGCAACAAAUCCAAUAAAUCUAAGUGUAGUCUUCGGUGUAUUGAUCUUUUUUGGAAAGGGAGUGUUAAAUGAUUUAUUAGAUAACCGAAAGCAGAGGAUAUUAAAUACUAUUCGAAAUUCAGAAGAACUACGUGAAGGAGCUAUUCAACAAUUAGAAAACGCCCGAGCUCGCCUGCGUAAAGUAGAAAUGGAGGCGGAUCAGUUUCGCGUAAAUGGAUACUCUGAAAUCGAACGAGAAAAAGUAAAUUUGAUUAAUUCAACUUCUAGGACUUUGAAACAAUUAGAAAAUUACAAAAACGAAACCAUUCUUUUUGAGCAACAAAGAACAAUUAAUCAAGUCCGUGAACGGGUUUUCCAACAAGCUUUACAGGGAGCUAUAGGAACCCUAAAUAGUUGUUUGAGUAAUGAGUUACAUUUACGUACUAUUAAUGCAAAUAUUGGUAUGUUUGGUACGAUGAAAGAAAUUACUGAUUAGCUCUUUCCUUACGAUUAUGAUAGGCAUUAUUUUUUUUUUUCUUCCAAAAAAGAAUUAGGACAAUACUCAUGGUAACCAUUAAAGCCGAUGAAAUUAGUAAUAUUAUCCGUGAACGUAUUGAGCAAUAUAAUAGAGAAGUGACGAUUGUAAAUACCGGUACCGUACUUCAAGUGGGCGACGGCAUCGCUCGGAUUUAUGGUCUUGAUGAAGUAAUGGCAGGUGAAUUAGUAGAAUUUGAGGAGGGUACUAUAGGUAUUGCCCUUAAUUUAGAAUCAAAUAAUGUUGGUGUUGUAUUAAUGGGUGACGGUUUGAUGAUCCAAGAAGGAAGUUCAGUCAAAGCUACGGGAAAAAUUGCUCAGAUACCCGUGAGUGAGGCUUAUUUGGGGCGUGUUAUAAACGCCUUGGCUAACCCUAUUGAUGGUCGAGGUAAGAUUUCAGCUUCUGAAUCUCGGUUAAUUGAAUCUCCUGCCCCAGGUAUUAUUUCGAGACGUUCUGUAUAUGAGCCUCUUCAAACAGGACUUAUUGCUAUUGAUUCCAUGAUCCCUAUAGGACGCGGCCAGCGGGAAUUAAUUAUUGGUGACAGACAGACCGGUAAAACAGCAGUAGCCACAGAUACAAUUCUCAAUCAACAAGGUCAAAAUGUAAUAUGUGUUUAUGUGGCUAUUGGUCAAAAAGCUUCUUCCGUGGCUCAGGUAGUGACUAGUUUACAGGAACGAGGGGCAAUGGACUACACUAUUGUGGUAGCUGAAACGGCUGAUUCCCCAGCUACGUUACAAUACCUCGCGCCUUAUACAGGAGCAAAGCUACUCAGAAUCAAUUGGCAAGAGGUCAACGAUUGCGUGAGUUACUGAAACAAUCCCAAUCAGCCCCUCUCACAGUGGAAGAACAGAUAAUGACCAUUUAUACCGGAACAAAUGGUUAUCUGGAUGGAUUAGAAAUUGGACAAGUAAGAAAAUUUCUCGUUCAGCUACGCACUUAUUUAAAAA